AUGGGAAGAAAGCUGCGACACGUGUUGAUUUUCCUUCUCAUCAUCCUGAAGGAGCCCAACAUGCCAGAAGCUGUCUGCAGAUUUACAUCAUCAUCAUUCGCCAAUUGCAACAGGCUAGGCCUCACCAGCAUCCCUCAGAACCUCCCAGCAUCCAUCUCUGUGUUACAUUUAAUAGAUAACCUUAUCAAAACUGUAAACAAGUCUGAGCUAUUACGGUAUAAGAAUUUGUCUGUGUUGCGCCUGAUUAAGAACCAGAUAACUACCAUCCCUUCUGGUAAAGUUACAAAUCUACCCCAGCUACAAGAGUUGAACCUGUCCUCCAACAACAUAACUACCAUCCUUUCAGGUACAUUUGCUAAUCUGCCAGAGCUACAAUAUUUAGUCCUUCAAAACAACCGGAUAACUACCAUCGAUUCUGGUGCAUUUGGAAAUCUGCCCGAGCUAAAAAAGUUGAUACUCAGUGGCAACCAGAUAACUAUCUUCCCUUUUGGUGCACUUGCAAAUCUUCCCGAGCUGCAACAGUUGGACCUGGCCUGCAACCAGAUAAGUACCAUCCCUUCUGGUGCAUUUGCAAAUCUGACCCAGCUACAAAAGCUAAACCUGAACAACAACCAGAUAACUACCAUCCCUUCUGGUACAUUUGCAGAUCUGCCUCAGCUACAAUGGCUAAACCUGAACAACAACCAGAUAAAUACAAUCCCUUCUGGUAUAUUUGCAAAUCUGACCAAGCUACAAGGGUUGUACCUGAACAACAACCAAAUAACUACCAUCCCUUCUGGUAUAUUUGCAAAUCUGACCAAGCUACAUCAUUUGCUACACAAGCUGUGCCUGGAUAACAACCAGAUAACUACCAUCCCUUCUGGUAUAUAUGCAAAUCUGUCCCGGCUACAAUUGUUGUACCUGAACAACAACCAGAUAACUACCAUCCCUCCUGGUACAAUUGCAAAUCUGCCCCAGCUAAAAUUGUUGUACCUAAACAACAACCCCUGGCAGUGUGACUGUAGGAUGGUUGCCUUCAGGCAUAUUCCUGCAUUUAACGACCAGAUAACAUGUAAACAACCCACGAAACUUCAGGGACAGAAGCUUUCACGUGUCAAACCUAAAGAUUUGAUAUGUGAAGAGCCAAGCAUAUCACCUUUUACUGUUCAUAGCAGUUCUGCUGCAGUGUCAACACCUUCAGCUCAGUCUGUGGUCCAGUAG